AUGUAUGCUAUAGAGGAGAUCAACAACAGCACAGAGCUUUUACCCAACAUUACUCUAGGAUACCGUAUCCAUGAUGCAUGUACCAGUGAAGCAAUGGCAUUAACGAGCACUCUCAGCUUAUUAUCUGAGGAAGAAACUCCAGCUCUCAACUAUAUCUGUCAACCUGAUCAGAAGUUGGUGGCAUUUGUAGGACACUUGUUAUCUUCUGUAACUUACAGCAUUGCAGAAAUCACUCAGCUGUAUGGAUACCCACAGAUAAGUUACGGAGCUCUGGAUCCCAUGUUUAAUGAUCGUAUUCACUUUCCAUCUGUUUAUCGUACAGUUCCCAAUGAGUAUUCCCAGUUUAGAGUUAUCAUCAAAUUACUGAAGCACUUUGGCUGGACUUGGGUGGGAAUUAUUACAUCAGAUGAUGACAGCAAUCGCCAAGCCAGUGAGGAGCUGAGAAAGGAAAUGGAGAAAAAUGGAAUCUGUGUGGAUUUUUUAAAAGCUAUAUCGAGUUCUCCAGAUUUACGGGAAAAAAGAGCUGUUGAAGCUGUUGAGACAAUUAAAAAUUCCUCUGUCAGAGUCAUUAUUUUAUACUGCAGAGCAAGCUCUUUGUUUGUAUUUCUAGGUUUCCAGACUUCCCACCAAAUAUCAGAAAGGGUUUUUAUAUGCUCAGUAGCCCUGAAUAUUGUAACGGAACUGGGAUUUAACAAAUUGUUGUAUUCAAUGAACGGAUCAUUUUUAAUUUCCCUUCCAAAACAAGACAUCCAAGGAUUGAAUAACUUUUUUUCUCACAGACUUAUGACAGAUAUGAACAAAAAUAUAUUUGUAAAUAGGUUCUUGAUGUUGAAUAUAGGAUAUUCAUAUGGACAAAGUGGUGGUGUUAUAAAUUCCUCACGUCUAAAUUAUGACAUGAUAAAGGAACAUUUAUUGCAAGAAGAGACCAUUACCCACCGUAUUAAACACACAAUAUACAUGGCAGUGUAUGCUUUAGCCCAUGCCUUAGACAAAAUGCAGUUAUCUAGGGAAUUUUUGGAGAUGUCUUCUAAAGAGAAAAUCAGCAAAAUGAGACUAAAGCUAAACUAUUACCUUAAAAAUAUUCACCUAAAAAUGGCAUCUGGAGAGGAAUUUUUUUUCACCGAAGAUGGAAAUAUUCCAGGAAAGUUUGAUAUUCUGAACUGGGUUAUUGAUAAAAAUGGAGCAGUUAAUAGAAUCCAUGUGGGGAGAUUCUUACCAAAUACUGAUCAGCUGAUCAUUAAUGAGACUGCCAUUGCCUGGGGCCCUUAUUUUGGAAAGACCCCCACAUCAGUGUGCAUGGAACCGUGUUCUUCUGGUCAUCGAAGAGCUCAUCAGAAUGGGAGGCCACCAUGCUGCUUUGACUGUAUUCCCUGCUCUGAAGGGGAAAUUUCAAAUUAUACAGAUGUGGAAAGAUGUGAAGGAUGUGCUGAAGACCAAUGGCCAAAUCCAGCUAAGGAUCAGUGCAUUAAGAGAGUCAUUGACUUCCUGUCCUAUGGAGAUCUCUUAGGAUAUAUACUGUCUGGAUGUGCUUCAGUCUUUAUUGUUUUGACGGCUGCAGUGUUUUUGGUCUUUAUAAAACACAGAAGGACUCCUAUAGUUCGUGCCAAUAAUCAGAACAUCAGCUACAUCCUACUUAUGGCUCUUCUGAUGUCCUUCCUUUGCUCUUUCAUCUUUAUUGGACAACCUACUGGGGUUACCUGCAUGCUGAGACAGACCACGUUUGUGUUUGUCUUCUCUGUUGCUAUUUCUUCCAUUUUAGGAAAAACAAUAAUGGUUUUAAUUGCUUUUAAAGCCACAAAAAUAGAAAAGAUAUUUAGAAUGUUGGGAGGAAUUAACAUUUCGGUGGGAGUGGUUUUUAUUUGCUCAUUUGGGGAAUUUGUAUUAUGUGUAAUUUGGCUAAUAUUAAAUCCACCACAUGUAGAAUCUGAUAAUAAAACAGUACCAGGUAGAACAAUUCUACAAUGUAAUGAAGGUUCAAUCAUAAGUUUCUAUCUGGCAGUUUCAUACAUUGGUGUAUUAUCCCUUAUUAGCUUUGCUGUCGCUUUCAUUGCUCGCAAGUUACCAGACCGUUUCAAUGAGGCGCAGCACAUCACCUUCAGCAUGCUGGUGUUCUGCAGUGUCUGGGCCUCCUUCAUCCCAACAUACCUGAGCACCAAAGGCAAACACAUGGUUGCAGUGGAGAUAUUUGCCAUCCAGGCCUCUGCAGCAGGACUGUUAAUGUGUAUAUUUACUCCAAAAUGCUACAUUAUUUUGCUAAAACCAGAGCUCAAUGUUAAAGGAAAGCCUACUGCUAAAAUACAGUCACACAUGGAAAAUCACACACCACAUUGUUAA